AUGAAGGAUCCUUCCGCUUCCCGUCAAGUUCUUCUUCCUCCACAUGGUCUCUUGCUCGCUCUGCUUCACGUCGCCUGGGCGUCACCUGGUUCUUCGAAUGAUGAGGAAUACGUCUCUCUCUCUCAUGCCGAUGCUACCAUCCUGGCCAGUUCCCGCAGGAAAGUGUUCAGGACCAUUCGUGAACAGCAGAAGAAAGCACGCACAGAGAAACUCCUGUCGUACCCUAACCAGGGGAAGGCAGUGGAAUGUGCUGCAGCCGCUAAGGUCAGCUCCCACUUCCUACGCGAUGGCUCCUUCACCCGGUUCGCUGACUGGCGUUUUGUCCACAGAGCGAGGCUCAAUCUCGUUCCCCUCAACGGCGUUCGGAACUUCAACAACAAUUCCCGUGGUUGCAGGAGGUGUAAUUACGAAUGUGAGACUUUACAGCACGUCCUUUGCCAUUGCAUGCGGUAUAGUCGUCUAUUCCAAAAAAGGCACAAUGACAUCGUGGACCGCAUUAAGAAGGCAGCUUCUGGACGGUGGAUCAUUAAUGCGGAGAACCACUCAUUUGCCGGUCUUUCCCUGCGCCCUGACCUCAUUUUGACAAGAGAUGGCACUUGUCUAAUUCUGGACGUCACUGUCGCGUUCGAGAACCGUCUGUCUGCAUUAAUACGCGCCCGACAAGAGAAGGAGUCUAAAUACCAGCCACUAGUGGAACGGCUCAAGGAACGCUUUAGCAAGGUACGCGUGGAGGCCAUCGUUGUAGGCGCAUUAGGCUCUUGGGAUCCCCGGAACGACAGAGUAAUCCACCGCAUAUGCUCAAGAAAGUAUGCUUCCCUCAUGAAAAAACUCAUUGUAAGCGAUACCAUCCGCACAUCAAGGGACAUCUAUGUUGAGCACCUAACUGGAGAACGGCAGAUACCGUGGCAACACAGACAAAACACGCCUCGUCCUACCAACUAA